CCACGCAUAUCACUCACUCUUCUCAAACCAAACUGCACUGGACUAGACUAAACUAGUGUAAACUGCGAAAUUCUAAACAGUAGUACUAUGGAGAGAGAAACUAUCCAUGUGGUGCUCCUCCCUUUACCAGCAUUCGGCCACAUGAUGCCAUUUCAUCAACUCGCCAUCGCCUUAGCCGAAGCCGGUGUGCAUGUCUCCUUCAUCUCAACCCCUAAGAACACACAGAGACUUCCAAAACCCCCUCAAAACCUGUCACCCAAGAUAAGUUUCGUCUCGCUUCCUCUGCCAAUUUCGGACUCGAGCCCGUUACCCAAAGGGGCCGAGGCCACAGUUGACCUGAUCUCCGGCGAGCAACUCCCAUACUUAAUCAAAGCGUUCGAUCUCCUUCACAAACCGUUGGAGAAGUUUGUUGUGGAGCAUUCACCUGAUUGGCUUAUUAUCGACUUGCUCACUCCCUGGGCAACUGACGUGGGAAAAGACUGCGGUGUCCCGGUUUUGGGGUUCUCACCUUUCUCCGCCGCGACUUGUUUGUUUUGGGCGCCGUCAGAGUACCUAACCGGCGACGGCCAGAAGAGAGUCCGGUCGUCCCUGGAGAGCCUGACAACGCCGCCGGAGUGGGUCACUUUUCCUUCGUCGGUAGCUUACUACAGUUUCGAAGCAGCAGGUAAACUAAAUGAAUUUUACGGAGACGAUGCUUUAGGGAUUUCACCGGCAAAACGAUUGGCCAAAACAAUCAAUGCGAGUCAAGCCAUGGCAAUACGUCACAGCAGAGAGCUAGGAGGCGAGUACCUGAGCUUAUACGCCAAGCUCAUCGGAAAACCGGCGAUUCCAGCAGGAUUGCUUCCACCUGAAAAACCGAAAGAACGACAAAUCACCGGCGAGUCCUGGGUCGGGACCUUCAAAUGGCUCGACCUACAGGAACCCAGGUCCGUCGUGUUUGUUGGGUUUGGGAGCGAGUGUCGACUAAGUCGAGAACAGGUUUACGAGAUAGCUUAUGGGCUUGAGGAAUCGGAGCUUCCAUUCUUAUGGGCACUAAGAAAACCCCUCUGGGCUAAGGAUGAUGUUGAUGUAUUGCCUCCGGGAUUCUCCGAGCGGACUUUUGAUCACAAACGACAGAAGGUGUGCUUUGGGUGGGCGCCGCAAAGGGAGAUUCUGGCACACCCAUCGAUCGGAGGCUCGUUGUUUCACGCGGGGUGGGGUUCGACAAUCGAGGCAUUGCAGUUCGGGCAUUGCCUAGUUGUUUUGCCUUUCAUGGUUGAUCAAGGGUUGAAUGCGAGAUUUUUGGUGGAGAAGGGGUUGGCGUUUGAAGUAGAGAGAGGAGAUCAUGACGGGUCGUUCGAGAGGAGUGAUAUAGCUAGGGCUCUGAGAGGAGCCAUGGUGGGGAAGGAAGGAGAGGGAAUGAGGGCUCGUUCGAGAGAUGUCGCUGCGGUCAUUGGUGAUCGAGAGAUACAUGAAGGAUAUAUUGCUGGGUUGGUUGAGUUUUUAAAAGCAGGAUUGAGAAACAGAAAUAACGGAUCAUCACUACAUGCAUGAAUGUGCAUGCAAGGAUUUUAACUCCAAUAUUCUAAAAUGGAGACAAGUUCUAUGACUGGUAUGUACUGUAUGUAAUAAUGGGCAGUGCUAUCGAUGUGACAAGCAUCCCUUGUGACACAGUAUUUUUUCCUUUGCGGUGUUAUCCCCUCUCUCUCUCUCUCUCUCUCUCUGUGUGUGUGUGUGUUCAUUGUGGUGAUCUCAUGACACUACAAUCACAUCGUUUUUAGGACUUGGGGUAACCUUGUUCAUGUAAUAAAAAGAUGUUUCGGUUGGUGGUUGUGGUA